UAAGUGUGUGGAGUUUGGAAGGCAGUCGGACAGUUAACAGGCACGGGAAGUUGUCCUUGAGGAAUUUCUGACAGUAAUGGAAAAUACUGAAGUACAGGACGACCGCUGAGUAGAAUAACUAGUCUUAAUCCGAUUUUAGGCGUAGUUCUGAUCAAAGUUUUCCGGCUGAUUUUUCGACAGACACGAAGGUAACGGUAAAAUCAAUGAGUUCUGCGGACAGCCGACGUAAUAUUGGAGCAGGACGCAGUUAUGGAGGGAGAACGGCGAAAGGAUUCGUCCAGAAAGUCCAUUCUCCUCUCCCGUCCUUAAAUGAUUCAUUGGAGGGAGAAAUUCGGGCCUUCCUCACUGAUGAAGACCUACUCCACACUUAUGACGACCUCACAAAAGUCAACCCAGUGACCCCGACAACAGUGCUGAAAUGUCUACAGGCCAGGUACAGUGUGAAGGUUUUUUACACCCAUGCUGGCUGCACCUUGGUGGCUCUUAAUCCCUUCCAGCCAAUCCCAGACCUCUACACUCUGGAUGUGAUGAAGGAGUAUCACAGUGCUGUUCAGCCCCAGGACUUCAAACCACAUAUCUUUAUUGUGGCGGAAGAGGCCUACAGGAAUGUUCAGGGCCAGCUGGAGCCAGUGAACCAAUCCUUGGUGGUCAGUGGUGAGAGUGGUGCAGGAAAGACAUGGACAUCUCGUUGCCUGAUGAAAUACUACGCUACUGUGGCGGCCUCCUCCUCAGUUGUGAAGAGCCAGGACACCGUGGAGAGGAUAGAGCGGAGGGUGCUGGACUCCAACCCCAUCAUGGAAGCUUUUGGCAAUGCCUGUACGCUGCGGAACAACAACAGCAGUCGUUUUGGAAAGUACAUCCAGCUUCAGCUAGACAGGUGUCAGCUGUUAGUGGGGGCGUCUGUGCAGACAUAUUUGCUGGAGAAGACCAGGGUGGCCUGCCAGCCGGCUAAUGAGAGAAACUUCCACAUCUUUUACCAGAUGCUAAAAGGGGCCACAGAUGAGCAGAGGAAGGAGUGGAAGAUGCCACCUGGCCAACGUUUUGUGUGGCUGCCAAAUACUGAAAAAACAGUUGAUGAGGAUUGUUUUCAUGAGACUGUCGAGGCAAUGGUUCAUCUGGGCAUUCAUUCAGAAAGGCAGAGACAGCUAUUCAGGAUAUUAGCAGGGAUUCUGCAACUGGGGAAUGUGAAUUUCUCCUCUCCAACAGAUGAAUCACAACCUUGUAACCUAGAUGAACAGUCUAAAGACUUCUUGCAGAGGGCUGCUGAGCUGCUGUGUGUCCCUGCUGAGGAGCUUCAGAUGAGUUUAAGAGUGAGGAUGUUGAAGGCGGGGAAGCAGAGCGUGCUGAAGCCCUGUUCCCAGGCAGAGUGCAGCAUGAGGAGAGACUGCCUGGCCAAGGCCAUCUACGCCCAAUUAUUUGAAUGGCUGGUUACAUUCAUCAACAACAGCAUAUGUGCAGACAAAUCCACGUGGUGCAACUUCAUAGGAGUUCUAGAUGUGUACGGGUUUGAGUGUUUCCACAUCAAUAACCUGGAGCAGCUGUGCAUCAACUACGCCAAUGAGAAACUGCAGCAGCACUUUGUGGCUCAUUAUCUCAGAGCUCAGCAGGUAGCCUAUGUGUCAGAGGGGUUGCAGUGGUCCUUUGUCAAAUACCAAGACAACCAGAGCUGUUUGGAUCUUAUAGAGGGAAGCCCUGUCAGUGUGUUUUCUAUUCUUAAUGAGGAGAGUCGUCUCAAUCGAGCUUCAGACGCAAAGACAUUCAGGGUUCGUUUGCAGAAGGAGCUCUGUGGUAAUGCCAACAUCAGCUGGGACAAGUUCAGCAAGGAGCCACACUUCGCUGUGGCCCAUUACGCCGGCAAAGUCAACUACAGGAUAGAGGGGAUGGUUGAGAAAAACAAGGACCCAGUGCCACCAGAGUUUACCAACCUGCUUCAGAAGUCUGACAACCUCCUGCUUCACCAGAUCUUCACUGACAAGGAAACCAAGAACCCAACUACCAAGGGGCUCAGUAAAGUCACAGUGGUCUCCAAGUUCAAGAACUCUCUGGAGAGCCUGAUGAGGAUCCUCCACACCACAACCCCUCACUACACUCGCUGCAUCAAACCGAACCCAGACUGCAAGCCGCUGACCUUCAAAAAGGAGGAGGUUAUCGUGCAGUUGGAGGCCUGGGAUUGUGGACUAUAUAUUAGUGCUGCUGGCUUUCCAAUAAGAAUUCCUUUCCAAAGCUUCAUACAACGUUAUGGACUGAUUGCAAAAUAUUCAGAUUUCAAGUCAGGCAGACAUUGUUUUGGUAAGUACAGUUUCUUGCAGGACCCAUUUAAG